GGUGACAUUAUGUCAAACGGCGAUUCUGUGACCGACUAUCGGGUGCUAUCCAUCCAGAGUCAUGUGGUAUCCGGAUAUGUGGGCAAUAAGAGUGUUGUCUUUCCACUACAAGUAUUGGGUCUGGACGUGGAUGCCAUCAAUUCUGUGCAGUUCUCCACUCACACGGGUUAUGAGCACUGGUCGGGACAGGUGUUGGACUCCAAAGAUCUGAACGUAUUGUUUGACAAUUUAGCCAAAAAUGAUUUACACAAACGAUACACACAUAUACUGACCGGUUAUGCGGCGAAGGCAUCCUUUUUAGAGACCAUCGCUCAAGUGGUCGCUACUGUUAAGAGUGUCAAUCCCGGGGCUAUUUAUCGUAUGAAUUGAUCAAGAUCAUUGAUCAGUCAUUUUUAAAUUUUAUUUGUACUUUAAAAUUAUAAAUCUUAGAGUUUAUUAUUAAUGAAUUCAUAUUUGUUGUCAAUGAUUUGGCACAAUUAAUACAGUAUUUAUAUACCGGUAUUUAUUUUUGCA